AUGGACUAUUUUGGUGUUUCUCCGGGCAAGUUGCGCCAGGACGCGUUGGCCAAGCUUGCUCUGCUUGCCGUGAGCGAGCCGCUGGCCCCUACCGCCACUACCAACGAUGAUUUCAACCGCCUCGUUAAAGCGCUGGAAAUCGCCAAUGUCGCCAUGGGACCGAAGGAAUUCGAUACCUUGGUGGGUCUCUGUGACGCCACCAGCUCCCCCAUCCACCAGCCUCAGCUUGUCGACCAGUUAGUGGCGAAAUUCAAGGUCUACUUGUUGGAGUUGCCCCAACAACAGUUUGCCGCCAACGUGUGUCUGCGCCAGGAUAUCGCCCUGCCGUGGCUGUACCUUGGCGAGAAGCUCACCGUUGCUUUAAUCAAUUUGGCGGAAAAGUGUAACCGCCAGUACUUAAACGAUGUCAUCACCGUGUUCCGCCAGUUCCAAGAUCACGUGUUUGAACAGAAACUCCAGCUCUCCCACUACUUCACGUUGCUUGGAUACAUGCAAGGGUUGACUGUCGAAGCGGGUUUCUUGGCUAUCGACACUUCCACCCUCAAAUUGCUCACCAACUUGGACGCUAAGAUCGACACUUAUGAGUUCUUACAGGAAGCCGAAACGUACUCCAACCACAUCUACACCGACCAGGCCCACCACGACUACGGCGUGUUCCUCGACCGCGACAUUUGCUCCGAUUUCUCUCCCAUCUUGUACUUGGAGUACUUGGCGAUGGUGAUGUGUAAUGUUGUCCGCCUGUGCCUUUUCCCCAGCGAGAGAGGCCUGUACAAGACUCACGGCAUGUUGUUUGAGUUGUUGGAGCUGGCGGCAGCUACCGCUACCGAUAAAGCCGCCCCGCAGACCCUUGCUAACGUGCUGUCGUUUCACAUGGAUAUGAUCCGGGCUCUUUCCGAAGUCGCUAUCCGCAAGCUUGAGUUCUUGGAUAAAGGCGAAGAGUAUAUCGUCUAUCUGACCUACAACCGGUUGCGUUUGGGGUACAUGGCGAAGCUGUACUCGCUCCAGAUCGUGGCGUGUGGCACGUUCUGCGACCAAGUCGACGUCAAAGUCGCCCGCAAAUUGUUUAAGAACUGUCUUGAAAUCAAGGACGUGAUGUUGGACCCUGAUCUUGGCCUCACCGCGUUUGAAUUAGGGGCACUUCUUGUGUUUAAGGACGACUCGGUGGGGUCGCUGUUGACACGCCUGUUCACGGCGCUUGCGGCCAACCCUAACUUCGAUACCGGCUACUGUCUCCAGGCGCUGCGGGCAGUGGGGUUAGCGCUGCGGGUGCUCCACCAGGACGCCGUGAUCACUACCAUCUAUGCCCUCACCAACUUGUUGUUUGUCGAGGAAAACGGCUCCACCAUCUUGCGGAGAAAGACCACCCACUUGUCGCGGCUGGACCUGAACCGGUUGGGCCGGGUGCUGACCAAUACUCUGCACUUAGCCGGCGAAGGCACGUUCAACACCGAUGAAGACGAUUACGAGGUGGUAUGCGAAAACCUGAUUACGGGGAUCAUUGAGAUUUGCCAAGGGUGCAAUGACGAAGUGGUGCUGACGCUUGCCGUGACCAUCUUGUCGCAGAAGACGCUGUACUUGCAACUGGUGAUUGGUCCCUUAUUGCUCAAGGGGAUGGUCAAUGUGGCUCCCUCGCUUCCGGAAAAGGAGUUUAUCAUUAUGACCCGUUUGCUCUUUAGACUCUCGUUGGAUGCUUGGGUCGAUAAACAACUGACGUUGCUCCGCAAUUUGAACGACGCUGAAGUAACGUUGGGCCACAACUUAGCCAAGACUAAAGGUGACCUUUACUAUCUCUACCUUAAGGAGUUACUUUUGGCGAUCAUCUCCCAAGGGGAAGUCAAUCAGUUGGAGCACCACCGUCUGCACGGCGAGAUCUCUGAGAUUGGCGAGCACAUCGCUCUUUACCUUAAGCCGUUGGCUAACUUGUUACCCAAUACUGCCAAGGGAGAGAAGCCCCUCCAAUGGGACCAGCUGAGAGUGGAGAUUGUCGGUCUCUACCGCGACGCCUGGUUCAACAUGGUGGUGCACGGCUACUCGAUCACCACUGCCGUCGCCAAGCGCCACGGCCCCGAGCUCGAGCGGAUGGCACUGAACCUGCCUCCGUUGGCGCUGGAGCUCUCGUGGGACCGUACCGAGACGUCGUUGGAGCUCAACACCAUCUUGCGUAAGGGGCUGAGUAACCACAACUUGAAGGAUCACAAGCAUAUUAUUGGCCAGAUCUUCGAAGUUCCCAGAACGUUGCUGUACGCCAAACUCAUGUUCUUGCUGGCCACAGUGUUCGUCGAGCUGUUACGGGUGAAACUGGGCGACUGUCUGACGAUUUUGACCUACUUGAGCGACCCGCUGAUGAAGAUCUCCGGUGUGGACAUCUACAUCGGGCCCAUCGCUUAUCGGAUUGUCCAGGACUACAUCUGGUUGGUCCGCUGCGGCGCCAACAGCCAGUUUAGUGGCGACGCCGUCGCCCACCAAUUGACGAAAUUGAUGACUCUCACCUGUUUUAGAGUCCCCGAGACUCAGGACGCCGCUUUUGCUUGCUGCGAUAAGCUCGUGCUGAGAUUGCCGCUGGCGUUAGCCCACCGCGAGCUGCUCUUCACUAUGUUUGACUUGUUGACGGUGAUGCUGGACUCGUUGGUUGACGAUGACAUCCACCAGUACAGUUUGCAGCCCAAGCACACUACCCGGACCACUGGCAUCCCCUUGCUUUUGCUGGACCAGAUGCUGUGGCGCCAGCUGACAUUCAACCGCCUCCACGACAAGGCGAAGCUGUACCUGCGCCACGCCCUCCGCAAGUGUGCCAUCGACGUCAAACUGUUGAUCCAGCAGUACUUGCAGAUCAUGCGUGCCCCCAGCCCCGACCUGCUUGAAUUUGGCUCGGCGUUUGCCCUUGAAUUAGCCGGGCUGGUCACCGGUCUGGACCCUGAGCUCUCGCACGUGCUGAGAUUCCCCGUGGCUAAGCUCAACACUUUGCCCCGGUUCAUCAACAACUUGCUGUGGAUGAACCUGACCGUCGAGUCGGUGUUUGACGACAACAUCAGCAUCGACGAGAUCCGCCAGCUGGUGUUUACCGUGCGCGAGCACUACCGGGCCACUGGCGAAGCCGAUGUCGCUAAGGUGAAGCGAGUACUUGCCGAUAUUGCCGGUACCGUACUUGUGAGCAAAGACAAUACCGGUGAGUUGUGCCGCUACCUUGUUGAAGUGCCCUUCGCCAUGUUUGAGCUGGAGAUUGUUGGCUAUGCCAUCCUGAUCUGGUUCGCAUUAAUCCAAAAGAAACUGCUGUUGCCGCCGUUGCUUAUCGCCGAAAUCGGUAAACACUGGAACAUCCUGAUUGUCAACUGCCAGGGUCUCUUCUCCAAGGAGUUCGACAUCCCUAACCCUGAAUUCGCCAAGAUGGAGUACGCGCCGCUGAACUACACUCAAGUCUCACGCCACGCCGCCUACGUCGACACCAUGCUUGAGCCCCACCUUAAGAUCAUCCGCAUGUUCGCUCUGAGCUUUGAGGCGACGUUGAACCAGCUGGACCAUUUGCUUAAGGUGUACACUCAGUUUGUUAGCGACGGUUUGGGGGCGUUGAAACACGCGCUGUACCACCCUUACGCCCGCGGGGUGCGGUUCGAAUUAGUCCGCUUUGGCUACGACGUGUUGCUGUACCACAUCAAGUUGGGGACGCGGCUGAUGGUGAGAUUGACGGAAACGGUGUUGGACGCGCUGCUCUCGUGGUUCCGCCACCGGGCCCAAAUGCCGUUUGGGCCUAACCAAUUGAAGACUAAGCUGGACUUCUCGUUGCUUAAAGAGAUCGCGGUGUUGGUGUCUCACACCGAGUGCUGGAAGCGUGAACGGUUAGAGCUGAAGCGUACCAUCUUACGCUUAUUCUUGGACGACGAAAUCAACACCAUCUCCGUGUGGUUGCUGCCGCUGGACCCCGUGGAAACGGUAGGCCAGUUUGACGGCAAUACCCAGAUCUCAUCGGCAGUGGUAACGAAGCUGUACGCCCUCGACCCCAUCUUGGCCGUCAACUUGGCCUUGCGCUACAAAGUACGCAACUUGGACGACUUGCUCCAGGCCAUCAUCACCAAGAACCCGUUGCCGGCGACCCCGUACCCUGACGCCGUCCAGUUCUUCAUUGGCAUCCACGGCGGCGCCAACAAGUGUCUGCACCACUUGUUGUGGUGGCUGGCUUUGCUGCCGAUCGACGCCAUCACCAUGUUCUUGCCUCCCUUCGGUGACGACCCUUACAUUUUGCAGUACUCGAUGAGACUGUUGGAGUCGCACGACGUCAACCUCACCUUCUUCUACGUGCCCCAGAUUGUCCAGUCGUUGCGUCAUGACCACUUGGGCUAUGUUGAACGGUUCAUCUUGGAAACGGCUCAAGUGUCGCAGUUGUUUGCUCACCAGAUCAUUUGGAACAUGUUGGCCAAUCUGUACCGUGACGAAGACCUGACGGACCCUGACCCGCUUAAACCAACGCUUGACCGCAUCCAGCUGGAAAUGUUGAAGGUGUUCUCGAAGAAGGACUUUGACUACUACGAAUUGGAGUUCAACUUCUUUGCUGAAGUUACGGAUAUCUCGGGUAAGCUUAAGCCCUACAUCAAGAAGAGUAAGGCGGAAAAGAAGCACAAGAUCGACGAGGAAAUGGCCCGCAUUGUCGUCAAGCCAGGGGUGUACUUGCCCUCGAACCCUGACGGGGUGGUCGUCGACAUCAACCGGAAACUGGGUAAGCCGUUGCAAUCGCACGCUAAGGCUCCGUUCAUGGCUACAUUCAAGAUUAAGAAGGAUGUCACUGAACUUGACUCCAAUGGUAAGCCUCACACCUACCCGAUUGAGAAAUGGCAAAGUGCUAUCUUCAAAGUGGGUGACGACUGUCGUCAAGAUGUGUUGGCAUUGCAACUAAUUUCUAUCUUCAGACUGAUCUGGGAAGCCGCUGGCGUUGACCUCUACGUGUUCCCCUACCGGGUUACUGCUACUGCCCCCGGUUGUGGUGUGAUUGACGUGUUGCCCAACUCCACUUCAAGAGAUAUGAUGGGUAGAGAAGCCGUCAACGGCUUGUACGAGUACUACAUCUCGAAGUUCGGCCCGGAAACCUCGAUUGAGUUCCAGCAGGCUCGCACCAACUUGGUCAAGUCGUUGGCCGCCUACUCCAUCAUCUCGUUCUUGUUGCAGUUCAAGGACAGACACAACGGUAACAUCAUGUACGACGACCAAGGGCACGUUCUCCACAUCGAUUUCGGGUUCUGCUUCGAUAUCGUCCCCGGUGGGGUGAAGUUUGAAGCGGCGCCGUUCAAGUUGACCCACGAAAUGAUGUUGGUGUUGGGUGGUCUGAGCGACACCCAGGCGUUCAGAUGGUUCGAAGAAUUGUGUAUCAAGGGGUACUUGGCCUGUCGCCCGUACAUGGAGCUUAUUGUCCGCACGGUGCAGCCAAUGUUGGAGCUGGGUUUGCCCUGUUUCAAGGAGCACACCAUCAGAAAUUUGCGCAAGCGGUUUGUCCCCAACAAGCUGGAGAAGGAGGCGUCGUUAUACUUUAAGGGGUUGAUCAAGAAGUCGAUGGAGUCGUUCUACACCAAGGGUUACGACGAAUUCCAACGGAUUACUAACGGUAUUCCUUACUAG